AUUGUUCAAUUUGGGAUACCGUACGGUCUGUUUGUCAUGACUGUCCCGUACAGCAUGUUGCAUGACACAGGUGAAAAACAACAACUAAAAGUACUAUUGGAAUGAAAUGUUACAAGAUAGGUGUUCGUUUACUGGUAGAGAGGAAUAUAGUUUUUAAGAGAGUGAUUUCAUCAAAGAUGGAGAUUAGGUGCUUGUUAGCCUUUGUGGUGUGUAUAGUCGAAGUCAUGUCGCAGAAUGUUAUUGAGUUAACAGAUGCUCGUUUCACCGAUGGAAAUGUUCUCUUUGGAGGCACACUGGAGCUUAGCACGCCCAACGGAUGGGAGAGGGUGUGUUACGGCAAUUUCAACAUACGGAUGGCAGACACCGUGUGCCGUACAUUAGGUUUUCCAGAGGGUGCAAUGUCCGUUCGAACGGCAGCCAGUCAAGGAUUAAAUGUAAACCCACUGCCAUCUUUGGGAUGUCAGAACAGCGUGGUCGCUGGAGUUGAGAGUUUGCAAUGUGUGUAUUUAAACACAUGUGAUGAUCACGUGGUCGUCACGUGCAACUAUCCUGGCUAUUUAGGAUGUUACUCGCAUUCAAGAAGCAACCCAUCGUUGGAUGACGGUAUGUUCACCAACUCCAACAUGACCAUUCAAACCUGCUUGACGAUCUGUCGUCACCGAGGAUACCCGUACGCGGGGCUGGCAUUCGGGCAAGAGUGCUAUUGCGAGGCCCACGAGGUCGACGUCUCAAAGAAACUUGAGAACGAGGAAUGUUACUUACCGUGCGUAGGGAAUCGUCAACAGAUAUGCGGGGGCGGCACGGCCGCUGGAAUCUAUGAUAGUCGACUGGGAUCUUGCAACACAGUCUACAACGACGUAGAGGGUGCAAUAGCGACACCGAGUUUCCCGGGAAAGUACGUCCGCGACGAACAAUGCACGUGGACGAUAGACGUCCCGAGCGCGGUAAAUAUCACGGUCGAAAUACAGUCCAUCGAACUGUACGACAGGGACAAGCUGAAAAUGGCUACUACGUCACAGGGGAUCAGUGAAUACGUCAUCUUCACUGGUUCGCCCUCAUCGUCGAAUAUCCAUUUCGAGACGUCCGGACCGGUGUUGAGUGCCGGGUCGCAGCUCGUCUUUACAUUCACGGGAGGGCGUAUCACUGUGACGUUUAACUCAACGGUGACGUCAGCUGGAGCUCAGGGAGUCGUGUUGAUUUAUUCGGCCGCAAUUGGAGAGUUUAAUCCACCGCCACAGAUGAACACCACUGAGCAGCCACAAACAACGGGGACUUCACUUUCGAUCACGACUCGACCAAACACCACAUCACAACAGCCGCCGACCAACACGACAAACGCUCCCACAACUAUCUCGCCCGUCACGCCGACCACACCGACUCAUGGGGCAAUCACGUCUGCUUUGGAAUUCACGACAUCGUUAGAGACAGAGAUCCCAACAUCAAGCGACAAAGACGUGGGAGUCACGAUGACAGUUGACAGUACAGUGACCGUUGGGGGCGCUUGGUCUACCACGCCACGCUCUAUUUCCAUGGCGUCAACUCAACCAAUAGAAAGUCCACUGUCUAUAGCUGUGAUUAUUGCCAUCGGUGUCGGUGUUGUCCUCGUCUUGCUGCUGAUUUUGACAUCCGUAGUACUCUUCACAAGCUGUGGAGGUGACACAAAACGCCCCAAGCGUCGCCAGCCACAGGGGAUGCUGGCGACAAACGCUGCCUACUCUUCCACACAUGGUCAAAGCAACGACAUGCAAUCCGACUCCGGUAUCUACGACCCUGGCUACGACAACGCCAACGGAGCCGAUACCGAACCCAUUUAUCUCUCGAUACGCAACGACCCCAGGGCAGAGCAACUGCGCCGUAUGGAUGAAGCUGCUGCAAAAAGGGAGAGUAAUCGAUCCUACGAAUCGGUUAAUAACCGACCGUCGUCGGUUACUGUUAAUCGAGAGGAUAGCGUCAAGACGACCAAGACUGAUCACGACUACCAGAGUGUGCACGGAGUGUCGCGGAAGAAUACUGAAAAAUCUUACAUAUCUAUUUAUCCUGAUAGGGAGGGAUCUAUUUUUAAUAGCGGAAGGGUACCUCCACCAGUUCGGCUGCCAUCUGAUUCUUCACAUGACGUCACUGAGGACGGCUACAUGAUACCGACUCCCAAGAACUCAACUCAAAUUCAAAUUACUAAAUUGUGAUUCAACUUCCGACCACAGCAAAACUUUGCUGUCAUUUUACCAUGAUUUUAGUAAUUAGUAAUUAUAAGACAACCGUCAGACAAAUCUUUUGUUAAUAUCGCGGGCCGAUUUUACUUUUGUUUUGUAUCUGCAUUUUUUUUAAUGCAGAUAUGAUUUUAUUUUAUUUUAGCAAUGACGGCACUAGAGUGAGUCCACAUGGUCCAUACAGUUUUUUUUUUUUGCAAAAGCAAAAAAUACUUUAACCAAGGAAAAAUCGUGCUUAGCAGAGACAGGUUAACAUCCAAAAUACCAUGCAAUGUGUAUUGUUUGUGACUGGUUCUCUGUUAAUGUUUGUUUAGCAGAAAAAAAAUGCCACGCACCAUUUUCUGCUA